AUGGGACGAGAUGAACGUUCUUCCUCUUCACAUCGCAAUUACUCGAGAAGUUCAUGGCGAAGAUCGAGCCGGAGUCGGAACCGGUCUCACAAUCGGAGCUCCUCUACAAGAAGGAACAGAUCAAGAAGUGAUGAACGGGAUAGAAAAAGAUCAUAUUCAGAUAAGCGGAGGAGAAAUGACUCUCCGAAGAGCUUUUCUCCCCAGGGAAGGAAAUCCAAGCCUGAAACUGAGAAAUCGCAUAAACAGAAAGAUUCGGAAUCUAAACCCUCUGAUACAGUAACAAAUGAGAAGACUGAAGUGGACCAGAAGAAGCUUGAUAGAUUGAAUAGGUUUAAAAAAUUGGCUGAGAUGAGACAAAAGUCUGAAAUAGAAAAGAAAUCUGUUUCAAUUAAGCUGGCACCAGUGGAUGGGAAUAAGAAUGAAAAACGAGUUUUAUCGGCUUUUCAGGGUCUUCAAGAGCCUUCGUAUGACCCACAGCCCUCAUAUAGUGAACAAGAUACCACUGAUGAUGUUGACCCGCUAGAUCAUUUCAUGUCAAAUCUUAACUACCAAGAUGAAGUAGUCCCUGAUCAGGACGAUUUUGUUCAACCAAAGCAAAUGGAUUUUUCCAAAGUAGCUACGUUAGAUGAUAUUCUCAAGUGGUCCAACCAAAGUCAGGAUGCUAUAGAUCAUUCAGAGGACACCAUAGAAAAAACUGAUAAUACAGUUAAUAAUGUGAAUAAUGUAGAGAAAGAAGAUGAAAUAGAUGAGGACGAGUUCCUAUCAAAGCUUAAGGAUAAAAUUAAAUCAGAUAAUAAGAGCAAAAUUAUUGAAUAUGACGAUGAGGGGCUAGAGCGUUGUUUUAGUGAUGAUGAGUAUGAUCCCACAAAAGUUUCAAUGGGUGGCCCAGAGUACAUAGAACUCUUGCCAAAAAUUAUUAAAGGAGGAGGAAAGAAGGAAUUGCCGAGAGUUGACCACACCAAAAUCGAGUACCUACCGUUCAGAAAGAACUUCUACGUGCAGGUGUCGUCAAUAACGAAUAUGGGCGAGCACGAAGUUGACGCGUUCAGGAGGGCCAAUGGCAAUAUCAGAGUUUAUGGUAAAAAGUGCCCUAGACCCAUUUCAAGCUUUUCCCAGUGCGGACUCCCAGACCCAAUCUUGAAAAUUUUAGAGAAAAGGGAAUAUGAAAGACCUUUCCCAAUCCAAAUGCAGUGCAUUCCAGCACUAAUGUGCGGAAGAGAUGUAAUAGGAAUAGCAGAAACAGGCUCUGGAAAGACUUUGGCGUUUUUGUUGCCUGCUAUAAGGCAUGCCUUGGACCAACCGAGUUUGCGAGAAAACGACGGGAUGAUAGUGCUUGUGAUAGCUCCGACUAGGGAACUGGUGAUCCAAAUUUCAAACGAGUCGAGCAAGUUUUCUAGAGCGGUAGGCCUGAAGACGUUGGCCAUUUAUGGAGGCGCAGGGAUAGGUGAACAGUUAAACGCACUAAAGAGAGGAGCUGAAAUUGUGAUUGGCACACCAGGAAGACUAAUUGAUGUGUUGACAUUGAGCAAGGGGAAGGUGACUAACCUCAGGAGAGUAACAUUUUUGGUGUUGGACGAGGCUGAUAGGAUGUUUGAUAUGGGAUUUGCACCUCAAAUCUCAGCUAUUGUAGGGAAUAUUAGGCCCGAUAGACAAACUGCACUUUUUUCAGCCACUUUCCCCAUAAUGAUUGAAAAUUUGGCAAAGAAAAUAUUGGCAAAGCCACUUCAGAUUGUGGUGGGACAGCGAGGAAAGAGCGCAUCACAAGUCGACCAGCACGUUUUAGUGCUGAACGAAGAAAAGAAGCUUUUGAAACUGCUUAAACUGCUGGGAGAGUGGCAUGAACAUGGGAACAUAAUCAUCUUUGUUAAUACUCAGUUGGAGUCCGAGCACCUGUUUAACGACCUAUUGGCAUAUGGCUAUGAUGCUGGGAUUUUGCAUGGUGGAGUUGACCAGACUGAUCGUGAGUUCACGCUAAAUGACUUCAGGGAAGGGAAAAAGACCAUUCUUAUCGCAACUUCAAUUGCCGCCAGAGGAAUUGACGUAAAAUCUGUUGUUCUAGUGAUUAACUACGCAGCACCAGACCAUUUUGAAGACUAUGUCCACAGAGUAGGAAGGACAGGAAGGGCUGGUACAAUUGGUACAAGUUACACUUUUCUGACACCAGAAGAGGCUUCUAAAUCACAUGACAUAAUCAAGGCGCUAAAACUGGCAUCUCAGGAGGUGCCUAAGGAGCUUCUACAACUCUCACAGGCACACCUAGCAACACUGGACGGUAAAAUCAAGUUCAGAGGAAGAGGAUUUGGAGGAAAGGGGUUCAAAUUCACAGAAUCAGAACAAUCUAGACAACAACAAGAAAGAAAACGUGCAAUCAAACUCAUGGGUAUUUUUGCCACCAUUAUUAUUCAUUAUAUUAUUAUGUGGUUGUUGGAAGGAAGUGAUGAGGAAGAGGAAGAGGAAGAAGAGGAAACUGAGGAAUCAUUGCCGCAAAAGGCAAUGGCGGCAUUACAAACUGCCAGAGAAGUCGCUAAACAAUUCGAUAAAACACCAAUAUAUCGAUACAGAAAUUUGAAUCAACCGACACCGAUGAUAAAGGGAUUAUCGUGUGCGGGUUAUAUAGACGCUAAUACGGGAAAAACUAUUGACGAGUUUGAUAUUAAUAAUUACCCAGAAUCCGUUAGAUAUAAGAUCACGCACAGGGAAAUCCUCUCGGCAGUCCAAGAAAAUACAAACGUCACACUCCAAGUCAAGGGAAUGUACAUCUCAGCAGACCAACCAACCAAUCGACUAGGAUUCGCAGGAGGAAACAAAGGCCUUUACAUUGAAAUCGUAGGACCCUCAGUGGUCUCAGUUCAAAGGGCAAUGUAUGAUUUAGUACACUAUUGUUAUAUAAUUACAUUUAUUAAUACUAAUAAUAAUAAUGUAAUAAUGUAG